CGGGCGGGGAGCGCUUCCGGGAGCGGCUGCGGGACCGAGGGGAACACUGUUUUGAAGAAUGUCUGGAAGUUUCUACUUCGUGAUAGUUGGGCAUCAUGAUAACCCCAUAUUUGAAAUGGAGUUUCUGCCUCCUGGAAAGGUGGAGUCCAAGGAUGAUCAUCGUCACCUCAACCAGUUCAUUGCCCAUGCUGCUCUUGACCUCGUAGAUGAGAACAUGUGGCUUUCUAACAACAUGUACCUGAAGACUGUGGACAAGUUUAAUGAAUGGUUUGUUUCUGCUUUUGUCACAGCUGGUCAUAUGAGAUUUAUAAUGCUUCACGACAUAAGGCAAGAAGACGGAAUUAAGAACUUCUUUAAUGAUGUAUAUGACUUGUAUAUAAAGUUUGCAAUGAAUCCAUUUUAUGAACUCAAUUCUCCUAUUCGAUCCAGUGCCUUUGAAAGGAAAGUACAGUUCCUUGGGAAGAAACACCUUUUAAGCUGAAUAAAUAACUUUGCAGAGACAAAUCUGUAUAAGCGAUCUUCUUGGACUUUUUUUGAAUGUCUGAAAAAUAAUUUCCAACGGAAGUGGCAUGCUCUUCUAGGCAGUACAUGUUACAUAGUCUGUGUAAUGAAAGGGACCAUAUGUACAUGUGCUUUAUAUGUAGUCACUCAUUACUUGUUUAAUUUACACUUACUGCUGAACUGUCACUGUAAAAUAUUCCACGAGAAAAAGAACACACUAUAAAGGUUGCAACAUUUACCUUAAAUAAAAUGUGGAAUAAUACUGCUUGUUGAGUAUACUUGAAAUUAUUUAGGAGAAAACUAGAUGAUCAUGAUAAGGCUACCUUUAUUGGCAGAAUGGUAUGAAGAUAAGAAUAUUUGUCUUUGCAGUAUUAUUUCAUUUAAAAAAAGCAUUUUGCAGCAUUUUGAUAAUGCCAUGCCAUGUUAUCUUAUGUAAAUCAGCUGAGGUGUUUUGGGUUUUUUUUUUUGUUUGCUAUAUACAUGAAAGCAACAGAAACACAAUUGAGGUAAAGGAUUCUCAUUCAUUAACUAUUAAGUUGGAGCUAUUAUGCUGUCUUCUGCGGCCUCCUCAGUAGCAGGAAUGCUGGAAAAAUACCAACAUUUAAAACUAAUUGAGGAAACACUUAGGUUAAAUAAUCACAUAUGUGGCAGUAAGAAAAGUUUUAGCAAAGAUAAAGGAUUAGUACUAAGACUUUACACCACUUCUGGAAACUGUUUUUUUUAAUAAUUUUAUUUUUUUAUGUCAGCACACAGUAGGAAGUUAUGUAAAAUGAAAGCACUUGGUCUCUUGCCUGAUCUUUGAAGGCAGUUUGCUAAAUGGUGCCCAUUCUUACAGCCCCCAUAUGUCUUUGCCCUUUUCUUCUGAAUAUAGGAAUUAUAAAUGGGAAAUGCAGUCUUAUAGGUCCGUCUAGGCUUUAUGAAAACAGUUAGUAGCCACAGGAAAGGGAGAACUAUGUGCAAAAUCAUUACCUUAAUCAUUAUAGAGUUUGCCGUGAAGAAUGUUGUCUCAUGACAGAGUUCUGAAGGACCUUGGCUAGGUACCUGUGAUUUCCCUGUGUAUGGAGGAACAUUGGCUUAUGCUUUUUUAGUGACUUUUUACAAUAAGCUGUAAGACUGCUAUCCCAAACUGACAGGUGGAAGUUGUCUUGUGAUCAACUAUAGUCAAAAAUCUCCUCUAGGUCUGAAAGAUGCAGUUCUAGCAUGCAUCAGGCAAUGAAAGUUCCCAGGAAUAUGAAGCACAAUGGACAAGGCAAAAGAGAGACCUCCUUUGCAGUAUUCUGUUUGUGCCCAGUCUAGGAGGCUUAGGAUGAAGAAUUCAAGUGAAAUCUGUUGCAGUAUGAGAAAGCAGGAGAUAAUCUGUAUAAUGCAAUAAAGGAAACAAAAAAAAAGUUUAUGAGUUGAAGGGAGCAGAAUUACUCUAAAUGGCGCAAGAAUGAAGCAUAGGGAAAUGAGAACAUUAGCACAAGCCAAGAACAUGAACUAGCCUCAAUACACCUAGGCCGGAAAUGCAACUUGGACUCAACUUUCUGCAAGGUUCUGUGACUGUUUACAUAGCCUGUCAUAUGACUUAAACUAAGACCUGUUUGAAGUACAGAGCAAUUGUUAAAGCAAGCAGUCAGGUUCUGGCAGCCGUCUUAUGCCAAGCAUCUAUAUACUUUGCUGUAACAUGAGCAGUUAGCUGUCCGAGCUAUUUUAUUCUGCCCUUUCCCAUUUUGCUGUCUGAUAUGCAUAACUUUCAUUGCUUCCACCAAAUUGCCAUGACAAGGGAUUUUUUUUUCUCACUUUAAAGGACACCUAGAACUUUGCAUAUAUAUUAU